CUCUCUCUCUCUUGUCAGAAUUCUCUUCUUCCCCAUCAUCUCCUGAAAAAACACACUGCAUUUCUCUAUCCUUCCUCUCUCACUGCUCAAACCAAAAUGCUCUUCUUCUUCUUCCUCGUCUGCUUCUUAUCCUACGCACCCCUUCACUUAACCUACACCCCAACUCCCUUCCAUUACCGUCGGAUCCUCCACCAACCUUUCUUCCCAUUAGAUUCCCUCCCACCUUCCCAACCCCCUUCACUCUCCCCUCCACAGCCCAAAUUCCCUUCUUCCACAAAUACACCUCCUUUCUUCCCAUUUUACCCUUCCCCUCCUCCUCCUCCUCCCAAACCUUCUCUCUCUUCCUUUCCUGCCAACAUCUCUUCGCUCAUCUUCCCUAACAACCCCUCCAAAAAACCCAAUUCUUCAAAAACUGCCAUCGCCAUUGUCCUCCCCAUAAUCUCCAUCGCCAUCCUUGCCGUAUUGGGGAUCUUUUUCUACCGCCGGCGUCGAAACUCUUCUGAGAAGAGCUCCAGAUCUGACAGUCAUCGUCUCUUUCCACCAUCAGAUGGCCGAAAGGUCGGUGUCUCUGCAACGAGCUCCGAGUUCCUCUAUCUGGGUACUUUGGUAAAUUCGCGUAGAGUUGAUGGCGAGGGAGAUUCAGGCAAUGCUGCCAGUAAUUCGCCUUACCGGAAAUUGGGGUCGCCAGAGCUACAGCCGCUUCCACCUCUUUCCCAUCAGUUUCGGCAGAAUUACGGAACUGCCACUGAUGGCAGAACUAGUUUAGAGGAUGAAGAGGAAGAAGAGGAGUUCUACUCUCCAAGAGGCUCCUCGGGUGGGAAAGAGAGCUUGACAGGAUCGAGCUCGAGGAGGGUAUUUCCAGUAAUUCCAGCAGAAAGGAGCUCGAAUUCCAGUACUCCAUCGUACCCAUCUUCGAAUUCGGCAUCCCCAACUCCGUCGUCGCCGCCUUCAAAUAGCCCCUCUCCGACCGUUCGUAUAAGCCCGCCUCCUGCAAACAGGCCCUCUCUGCCCGUCCGUAUAAGCUCCCCGCCUUCAAAUAGUCCCUCACCGCCUUCAAAUAGUCCCUCCCCGCAGGCUGGUAUAAGCCCCAAAAUACCCAAAAUCAAAUCUCCAGAUUCACGAUCCAACGGCAUUGUAGGCAAUAUUGGGCCUCUGCGGCCCCCACCACCUGCCCCGCCUCCACCACCACGAUCAUCGACUCCAUCACCUCCAGAGAGAACACUUCCUUCGCCUUCUCCGCCUUCUUCACCGUCAGAGAAAAUAUCAGAUGGAAAUCCAGCUAGAGCAGAACGAAUUUCUGACAUUUCAGGGCAAUUUCAGGGGGUGCCAAUCAAAACGGGUGAUUUUUCUACAAGCCCAAUUUUUAAUUCGAAUCCACCUCCUCCGCCACCGCCACCUCCAGCUGGAUUUUGGGAUACUCGGAUUCCUCCACCACCACCACCCCGGCCAAUUUCUAGACCUCCAGUUCUCAUCACUCCUCCAAGACCUGUUGGGUCAAAGAAUCCAGCAGCCGUUUCACCAGAAGAGUCACCAGAUAAUUCAAAUGCUUUGGAGAGAAAUGAGGAGACUCCACGACUGAAGCUGAAGCCGUUGCACUGGGAUAAGGUCCGGGCGAGCUCUGAUCGGGCAAUGGUGUGGGACCAGAUCGGAUCGAGUUCAUUCCAAUUGAAUGAGGAGAUGAUCGAAACACUGUUUGUUUGUAAUAACACAAACACCACACCAAAGGAGAUGACCAGGCGGCCCAUUCUUCCUUCGCCUGGCCAAGAGAAUAGGGUGCUCGAUCCAAAGAAGUCUCAGAACAUCGCGAUUCUGUUGAGGGCGCUGAAUGUAACAAAAGAGGAAGUUUGUGAAGCCCUUUUAGAAGGUAAUACGGACAGCUUGGGUACCGAGCUUCUGGAAACUUUAUUGAAAAUGGCUCCAACCAAAGAGGAAGAACUUAAACUAAAGGCAUACAAAGAUGAUUCCCCCUUCAAGCUGGGCCCUGCUGAGAAAUUUCUCAAGGCAGUUAUUGACAUCCCAUUUGCAUUUAAGAGGGUGGAUGCAAUGCUUUACAUAGCCAAUUUCGAUUCGGAGGUUAAGUACCUCAAAAAGUCAUUUGAAACUCUAGAGGCAGCCUGCGAAGAACUCAGGAGCAGCCGGAUGUUCCUGAAGCUUCUAGAAGCCGUGCUCAAGACUGGAAACCGAAUGAAUGUUGGAACCAACCGUGGUGAUGCACAUGCCUUCAAGCUCGAUACGCUCCUUAAACUCGUUGAUGUCAAGGGCACCGAUGGGAAGACCACCCUCUUGCAUUUCGUCGUCCAGGAGAUCAUACGGUUAGAAGGCUCCCGUCUUUCUGGUGCCAACCAAACUGGAUCCCCCGGGAAAAACCAGCAGUCCGCUUUACGGGAUGAUGUUGAAUUCAGGAAGCUCGGCCUGCAAGUUGUUUCAGGCCUCAGCGGAGAGCUCUGCAAUGUUAAGAAGGCUGCAGCCAUGGACUCAGAUGUGCUUUGCAGUUAUGUCUCAAAACUCGCUGGAGGAAUCGGGAAGAUCCGCGAGGUUGUGAGAUUGAAUGAUGCAACGAAUUUGCAAGAAAACGGUGCAAUAUUUUCUCAGGCAAUGAAUGAGUUCUUGAAGAAAGCUGAGGAGGAAAUUAUUAGGACUCAAGCUCAAGAGAGUGUUGCUCUUUCUCUAGUGAAGGAGAUAACCGAAUACUUCCAUGGGAAUUCAGCAAAGGAAGAAGCUCACCCAUUUAGGAUUUUCAUGGUGGUGAGAGAUUUCCUUUCAAUUCUCGAUCAGGUCUGCAAAGAAGUAGGGAAAAUCAAUGAAAGGACAAUUGUCAGUUCAGCACGGCAGUUCCCAGUGCCCAUCAAUCCAACAUUGCUGCCGGUUUUCCCCAGAUUUCAUGUCCAAAGGCCAGACAGUUCCGAUGAUGAUGACAGCUCAUUGUCACCUUGAUGCUCACAUCCAGUUCCAACAACGAUGACAGUUCGUUGUAACCUUGAUGCUCACGUCGAGGCUUGUUUUUUUUUUCAGGUGAAGCUCUUGCUUGUAUUUAGACAAAUCCAGCCGAAAUAGCUUUAGCCGCCGGAUGGAAGAAGUUGGGCAGGCCAGCAGAUGAUAAUUAAAUCUCGUUUUGUAUUCAUAGAAAUGCAUGUAAAAGAUUUUGGAAUUGUUUCAGUCUCUCUAUAUAUAUAUAUAUAUACAGAAAGAGGAGUUUAAUUCAGAGAAAAAUAAGGUGGGACCACCAGAUUUGUAAAUCUAGUGCUAAAUUGAAUUCUCGACAAAUGCUGUUCAGUCAUAGAAACGGGUUCAUCGACAGGUUUUGUUUCUCUCCUAGGCAUAAUGGGAUUUGUAUUAUAUGAUGGUAGAAUGAAUCUGAAGCAGAUUCUUUUUUCUGUAGUAAA